CAGGGCCCGGCAUAAAGGGUACCAUGGCCAUCCUGAAUUGCCUCCUCGCCCGCCAACUCUGCUUUGAAGACGCAUCCUGCUCCGCCAUCUUGGAAAUCAUCCCGCGCGUAUGUGGCUCUGAACUCGUGGCUUGUUCUACUGUGACCGUGACGAAAUGCCAAGCCGCCCUGAAGACUCUGCAAGCGUUCCCGUUCUUCAAGCCGACCUGCCUCUGUCGUGAACCAAACGUGGACCCCGAGUGUAACUCCUUCCGCGACUUCUUGUUCGACCAUCCCUGCGUGUUUGUCAUGAAGAAAGAAAAGGACCCGUACCCCGUGGAGACCUUGCCGACCUGCACCUACGCCCUGAGCGUUUGCCACAACGAGAAAGCAUGCUCCCUUCUCUUCGACCGAUUCAAAAACGCGUGUAAAGCUCGUGACGGGGAAUGCCGCAUGGAAGACAGGGAGACUUGUCGCGAGGCCUGGGCUGGUCUUCGUCUGUCUCCGCUGUUCGGUUGCAUCUGCCCCAACACCCAUAUGAAGAAACGGUGCGACCGCAUCUUCGCACUCGUCAACCACAACCCCUGUGUUGUAAAGCUGAUGCUGGACGGACGCACGGCGAAUAGAACCGGAAGCACGGUGACGUCUUGGAUCGGCGGUAUGUCCAUAACUCAGGAUGGAAACCUGAUUGCGCCGGACAAAAUUAUGACCCACGUCCACCGAUACUCGAGUCCGCACUACAACCCCCAUCACCAUUACCAUCGUUGGAACCAUGAGCCAGGGGGGAGCGAAGAUCCCCUCUAUGCCACCAAGACUGUCUACGGGCCCGGAUACAUUGAUGAGAAUCAGAAGAUUGGCAAAGAGAACGGUAGAUCUGAUGAUGAGAAGGUGGCACUGCAGUCCACUUGCCACGUAGCUCUCGACUCGUGCAUCAAAGAUGGCGAAUGCAUGACGUCACUGACGCCGGUCUUGCAGAAGUGUCACGCUAUGGAGUGUGACAGAGAGGGAUGUAUGUCGGCUCUACGCGGUUUCUAUAGGAAGCCUGGCGUGCACUGGAAUACAGAGAUCGCCUUCUGCCUUUGCAAGAAAACCGACAACCGCGAGGACUCGUGCAUGAACGCUCAGGAACGGCUGCACCCGUCGUGUGCCCAGCGCCCACCCGCCGGCUCCGCCCUCCCGGCCUGCCAUACCCUGGCCCACGCCUGUCGCGAAGACGCUGAGUGCAGGAUGCGUUUGGAGAACUACGAGCAAUGGUGCGCCGUUGACGCUGUGACUCAAGGCUGCGCAGGAUCGCCGGCGGCCUGCCGCGCUGCCGUAGUCGCCGUGCUUGGAACUCAGCUCAGAGCGGCCUGCGCCUGCCGCGGGACCGACUUCGCGCAGCUGUAUGACUGCCUCGGCUGGCAACGGCUGCUGUGGCUGAAUCCUUGCGUUGUGGAAUCUCAAAGCGACUACCACGUGAAGACCUACGGCUCGCUAUUGACCACAACCUCAGUGGAGGCUAUAAACUACAUGACCGUCCCACCAGAGCCGGCGAUCGUGCACCGCACCACUACCCACCAUAAUAGGCAUACCACCCACCGUGUGAAAGCUGAUCUUGAGGAUAACCGCGAACCUCCUAGUCCCAACACGACCCAAUCAGAGCAAACGGCCGUACCCAAAAUCGAGCAGAUAUCCGAGCCAGUGAUGGUGACAACCGCGCGUACUACAACCGUAGCUGAAACGACGACUACGACCGCUACGACGACGACUACGACCACAACCACAACUACGACGACUACGCCGCGGCCUACUACCACCUUGGAGCCAGCCAAGUAUUGUAUAGUGAAGAAACCGGAGAGCGAUGACCAGGCGCAGUAUAUUAAGAUGGGGGAAACUAGACGAUUGUACCGGUCAGCGGAACUCGCCGAGUGCACGGACCUGUGCGUGUGCGAGCCCUCACUACAAGUGUCGUGCAAAGUCGCGUGCGUGCCCCGCGCGCCCUGCUCCUCGCGCCUCGCGCACUACUCCCACGCGGCGCCCGCCUACCAGGCCUACCGCGGCCGCUGCUACUGCUACUCCGGCUCCUUCAUCUGCAUGCGGCCCGACCCCGGCAAGUAUCCCUCGCAGCCCUCACUGCAAGUGUCGUGCAGCCCCGCGCGCCCUGCUCCUCGCGCCUCGCGCACUACUCCCACGCGGCGCCCGCCUACCAGGCCUACCGCGGCCGCUGCUACUGCUACUCCGGCUCCUUCAUCUGCAUGCGGCCCGACCCCGGCAAGUAUCCCUCGCAGCCCUCACUGCAAGUGUCGUGCAGCCCCGCGCGCCCUGCUCCUCGCGCCUCGCGCACUACUCCCACGCGGCGCCCGCCUACCAGGCCUACCGCGGCCGCUGCUACUGCUACUCCGGCUCCUUCAUCUGCAUGCGGCCCGACCCCGGCAAGUAUCCCUCGCAGCCCUCACUGCAAGUGUCGUGCAGCCCCGCGCGCCCUGCUCCUCGCGCCUCGCGCACUACUCCCACGCGGCGCCCGCCUACCAGGCCUACCGCGGCCGCUGCUACUGCUACUCCGGCUCCUUCAUCUGCAUGCGGCCCGACCCCGGUGAAUACAAGCUUCCUGAAGGUGUAUACCUCUUGCUGGGCUUCAGUGCUGUGGAUGAAGCUCUGCUACGUCCCCACACCGGCCUUGGAGCUGAAGAUGCUGUCCGUCUACUGCAGCAGUACUUAAACUCAGUUCACGACGAAGGGACUAACUGCACCCUGAGCCUCUUUAACAUCAGCAAUGAGAACGUGAUAAUAUCCGCCAGCGUGCCGCAACGGGAGCAAGAGAUACUCAGGGAGGCUGGAGAGGCUUUGUUGGAUCGUGAAAAGGAGGAAUGCAUCGACGUCCUCAAAGUGGUCAAGUCCCGUAUCAACUCGCAGCACGAGGACAUAUCUUCUCAUCUCCUUCUCUCCAUCUUCAAAAUCGCUGAAGUUGACGUAGUCUACCCAGCACCACCCAGCUCCGCCAUCACCGCCCACCAACCCUUAAAGAUUCUCUAUAUCAUCAUUACUCUCCUCACCGUCUUCUACAACCUCACCAAUACCUCUAUCAAUAAAAGUAUCGUCAAUUCCAUAUCGAAUUUAUUCGAUCGUAGUUUUAGCACGAAGCGUUCCAUCACGUCGAGCAUCGUUCCUUUCUUCGACGAGAGAUAUAUUUUAAAUGAAUUUGUAACUAUUUUGAACGAAGAAUUUAUCGACGUUGUAGACAUUAAAAAGCACGACGCACUCGCUUCUGUUAGCGCACAAGACACUAAACGACUAGAUAUAAGCGAAAUAGAUGUAAAUAAACAUAAGGAACUUAUACAUAUCAUAAAAGCUGUGAAUAUUACAAUAUUUGAUAAUUUUAAUGAACUCGUUGCUGAUGCAAUUAUUAUACCUAAAUAUUUUUCUAGAGAUGUGUAUUAUGAAAUUGGAUGUACUAAAUCUUGUGAUUCGAAGAUGCUUUUUGAUUUGUGUUUUGGAAAUAUCGCGUCCUCUUCUUAUGGGAUUAUAAGAUCCGUUAGCUUAGGACUGACUUUAGUAGUAGAAUGAAGACUGAAAGAUUAACUAAACAUAUCAUAGUUAAAUGUUUUCUCGUUUUAUUUCCAACUUAGAGUGGUGCUUUUAGCUCGAUCUUAAAGGCUGGGUUUUGUACAUAAGUGUAUUACGCCUUUUACACUGUUAGAUAUUUGGUUUCUCGUAGUUAGUAAUCUGAUAUCGAUACAAUAUUGACCUCUGUUCCUGUAAACCCUUAUACAUUCGUUAGUUUAUUAAGAAAAUCUUAAUUUAAGUUAUCUUCCUGGUAGUAUUUAUUUAGUGAACGGAAAUCUAAUACAAAUAUAUAUUUUGCAGUUUUAUUUUGUUAGUGUCAGAAGGUACUUAAAAUAAACCAAAUGUUUAAUGUUUCUUAAUAGUAUUAAAAAGAGCGUUCUAAUAUUGUGUCUUUGACAGAACAUUUAUAUUUAUUUCUAAGGAUAAAUGUUAUAGUAGUCUGUUGUAGGUUUCGCCUUUCUGUUAGACUAUGUACGUACGAGUAUUCAAUGUGCUAUUUCUACAAAGAAGAAAUAUAUCUAAAAAAUCUUUAACUAAGAAAAUUGCGGUCAAAUAAUCCAAUGAAUAGAAUGCGCGUUGAAUAUUUGUACGAACCGAAACUGUGUUUAUUAGAAUAUUUGUAACCAUGAAUGUGAAUGCACCCACUUUUGAUGCAGUGGCGGACAAAAACAAAAUAGUUUCCCAAAUAAAAUAUUAGCUUACGUUAACCUUAAAUCUAAAAAAAAUACUAGAAAAAAAUCCAUAUGGACCAGGCAGCAGACGGGACUCGAACCCGCACCCUCCACUAUCAGGGCAGAUGCAUAGACCAUUAUACUACCGCGGCCCUAAUUAUCCGUGUCGAAUUUUCUCUAAAAUUUCCAAGGCUGCAAGGCUUAUAUUGAAACAACUAGCAUUUAAAUGCUUAAAAUAAAAAGAAUACCUUAUCCUUGUUCAGCAAUCUAUAUACUCGUACGAUGCUCAUUUAUUAUUAGUUUGUUUAUAGAAUAAUCUCCAUCUAUUGUUUACUACCGAUAUAUAAAAAGGUAUGUAUGAUCUAUACAGGUUAGGUAGAACAAAUAAAAAUAAUUAAACUUAGUACAAAACAGAAAGCAUUGAUCAUGUAAGUGAAGUAUCAAAAAUGCAAAUGUAUGAGAUGGAGAAAAAAUGCAACUGUCCGGAAGAGGAAAAAAGAUAUCACAUAUAAACAUUUAGCAAAACUUUGAUUGGGAAUCCAUCUUUACUGAUUUUUUUUUCGGCCGCUUAUCUUAUUUCUAAAACGAAAUGUUUUAUUAGAAAUGGAUUCUAAUUUCUAAAAAGACAUUCAUGUAAAUCGUAUACACUUAGUGAGAAAACUACAUAAUCCAACAUUCUAUCGAUUCACGUCACUUAUUAAAUUUAUUUGUCACCAUGCCGACAGGAUUAUUGUCACGCAAGCACUGUUUAACGUGAUAAAAUCUUUUGAUUUUCUAAGUUUACCGACAACGGAGCGGAAUAAUAUAGUUCACCCGAAUUUAUUUAUUUUUAUUUAUUUAUUUAUUAACAUCAACAAGAUUAACACCAACUCAUUAUAAAGUAACUUACAAACAAUGUGGAAGCGAACUAAGUGCAAUCUUAAUUAAAGAUGUUACACAAUAGCACUGAUGAGCAAAAAUAUCGCAUAACAAAAUCAUACCAAAAAUCUUCCAAUGAUGUGAAAUAAUUAGUAGUAAAAUAUAAAAAAAAAAUAUACUAAAAUUAAAAACAUUUUAUUAAAAUUAUAUCAUUAUUCAGUAAAGCGUCACAAAAUAUUGUAAAGUAAUGGAAAUUGAUGUUAUAAUAAUUAAAAACAUUUACAGUCACCAGCAUAUACCUACGUCAAAUCUAGUAUUUCUUUUACAUUAUUUUGGAAAUAUUUAAGGGAAUUAGAGAAAAUAUCGACAUCAAUUAAUUGUGAAUCAUGCUCAUGAGUAUGCUGUGGUAAUCCACAUUUGAUUCUACCAGAAUGAUUUUGAGCAAUGCUUCUGUGCAAUCCAUUGUAAGCUAUCAUCAACCUAUUCAGCGGUGAGUAGCGACCAUGGCGCGAACGUGAGAGUCUCUCCAUAAAGGAAUUGUUUUAGACUUGACGUAGGUUUGGCUACUAAGACCGCAAGACACAUAAGAUAAUAUUGAAUAUUUCGAUUAACUUAUAUUAUCGCGAUUGGUGUCGCUAGGCCACAUGAAAUCUAUUUAGGUGGAUCAUAUUAUACAUAAGCAAUAUCUUCAUCAUUACUUUUAAUUCAAGGUUUUUAAAGUAAACACUUGUUUUCUUGUCCUAUUAUAUUUCACUGACAAGUUAAUUCAUAGAACCUGCUUGUACAUGAUUUUGUCCGCCACUGCACCAGAUGAAAUUUAUAGUUGAACACUUAGAUUAUAGUGAUUUCUGGGACAUGACACAACCUAGACGUAAUUAUGAAGUGUUAAAAUGGUAAAGCAAGAAGCUUUAAUUUGGAGUAGAUAUAGAAUCUUGUGUUCCGAAGAGUUUUAAAUACCUAUUAGUGGUUUUAGACACCGCCGUAUAGAAUCUAUGUGGAGACGAAAGUCUCAUAUAAACGUAAAAUACUAUUACUAAAUUCUGUUUUUUUCUCUCAACGUUCAGCCAGUUAAUGAUUUUUAUUAUUACCAUAGCUAUGUUUUCUAGCUGGAAUCAGCUUAGAAAUGACGAAAAAGCGUGAAAUUAGAAAACGACACCAUUUAUUUAUCAAUAAAUGGCUGCCUGGGUUAUUGUAGUAACUUAUGUUUUUCACCAGAUGGCGCUAUGAGAAUUAUAUAGAAUUUUGUAUUUUAAUUCUAAAAAUUAAAGUUUAAACUCGUAAUUCAAUGUGAAUUAUUGUAAUAGGUUAAAUUAAAGAAAAUGGCUGCUAUUUAAGAAAUUUUGAUUUCAGUAGCUACAGCUGCGGUUCUAUAAAGAUAAAAGACGCUAUUUUUUUUUUAUUAAAAUAAAUUAUUGGUCUUACUACAUAAUAUAUUAUCAAUAUUGUUGGGGAGAAUAUUAUGAGCGGGAUUUUGAAAUUUCCGUAAAAAAACUGUUAGGUAAUGCCAUAAAAUAAUAGACUUUUUUUUACAAAAUCAAAUGAUUUUUUAAUAAUUAUAAAUACUUUUACAUUAUGUUAAAGCUAGAAUAUGGCUACAAUCUUUAUUUUUAAAAUUUAAGAAUAUAAUAAAACCUACGAUUAUUCUAAUUAUUCUUAUUUUGUGUACUGUUAUUUUGGUAUUAUACUAGUAAUAACAUAAACUAGAAACAAUGUAGGUAUUUGUUACAUUCUGUAAAUUGUUUCUUUCUUCUAUAAAAUAAAACUUUGUUGUAUUAAAAAGAUAUAAUUCUGUUAAAUUAAUAUAUUCAUAUAAAACAACUAUGUGAUAGUGUAACUGUAAACAUAUCAUUUUCAGAGUAACAGCAAUUUGGCUAUAUGUAUAAAAUUAAUAAGUAAAUAUAUAAAUCUGAUUCAGAAAAGUAUUGCACACAAUUUUAUUGAAACAAUAAUAUUUUAUAUUAAAUCACUUUAAAAUAUAAAAGUCCUCAACACAAACGAAAACUAUUUACGUAUUGUCGAUAUAUCCGUUACUUACAUCAUUAUACACUUUCACAAAAUAAUCUACUGUUUAUCGUAAUAAGUCAAUAUAUAAAUACAAAACUUUUAAAAUAAAAUUUUGUGAAUGUUGUUUUCUUAUUUUUAAGAUUGUAUCAAAUCAUUUAUUUACACCAUGUAUAAACUAGCACUGAGCAAUAAUUUGCAUAAACUUAAAAAAAAUGUACACGGAGAAAAUUUACUAGAAAAUAUUUCGCAAAGUGAUUCUAACGAUACAUAUCAUUAAGGCUCAAUUUUGUACCUAUUAUAUUUCUAGCAUUUAGAUGUUGCAAAGCAAAAAUAAAUGGGCGAUCUUCUUAUAGUAGAAUAGACUUUAGGGGGGAAAGUUAGAUAAUAUUAAAAUAAAUUUACAUUAUAAACUAGGGGACAAAUUUUGUAAAUUGUUCUGUUUGAUAUAAUCAUGAUUUUGAAUGAAUUCUUCUAAUUUUUAUGUUAAAUUUGCUUAAAAUUUAUGGUACAUAAUUUAAUUAUUACGUUUUUAUAUUACGCUACCAUCCGUUAAAAAUACAUAAUUAUUGAUUCAAAAGGACGUCCUUUAAAAGAAAUAAAUUGAAAAUAAUUUGUCAUAUAACCGGAAAUAUGAUCGUGCACUUGCCUUCCAUGUAAAUAAUUUCAUAGAGAAAUAGUUAGUUCCAUACUAAAGGGUAUAUGUUUAAAAACAUAUUUAAAGUGUGCAGAAAUGUUCGUUUACUAAUCUUCGUUUUAUAUUUGAGGAAACAAAAGUUACUUAAAUCGUUAUUCAAAUUGAAAUUAACUUUUUAUUUCACAAAAGUUGAAUUCACGACUUAUGUCUGUUUCAAACUUGAUGGAUUCUUGAAUGUAUUAGGUAUAUUAAAACAAAAGCGGUUUAUUUUUGUUAUUAAAACUUAAUAUUAAAACAGAAUGCCGCUUUUAAUAUAAUAAACUAAAUUGUUGUGUGUUAGUCGAAACUGUCCGAGACAUCGACAGAAUGAUGUAGUGUCAGUGUAUAGCAAUACUUUAAAUAGUAGAUUGUAAUUUUAAUAUCGGUUUGGAAAUGUGAAAAUCACACUUGUGAAACUUUGCUAUUUGGGAUACGAAGCAAAAUAUUUGCAUUAGACUCUUUUUAAAAGUCAUGAUAUCGGGUUAGGGAUCAGCUUAGUCGGAAACUACCUUGACAACUGAAUUCUGCUUCAAAAGAUUAAUGAGCGGGAAGUAGCUAAAACAAACGGAGUAAAAAGGCUUUUAAAAAUAGAUUUUGCCUACUGCCAGUAAGCUAGAGAUCUCCGAAUUAAAAACUACCCCAUUUAUAACCCCUAAGCUACGUGCUUUGGCCCCAAGCGGGGGAACGGGUGUGAAAUCUCAUUGAUACCUUACGGCCGGUUGUAGGGUUAUGUCAGAUUUAUUAACACCACGGCGAGUGUUCUGAGGAGCUAUUCUCGCUUAUCCCUCCAUCACCUUUUCUUCAGAGGACCACGCGCGCUGGCCUACGUUGCCACCAAUUUACUGUGGCCACUAUUCCUACACGAACAAAGAAAUUUGGUGACUCACUUCUUUGUCGUACUAUUCGUAAGUGGAAUUCUUUACCCGCGCACGUGUUCCCUCCUUCCUAUAAUCCUCCUGGGGUCUUUUAAGAGAGGCGUGAAGAAGCAUUUUUGCAGGCCGGCAAAGUGAGGAUGGUUGGUGUAGCAGUUUGUAACUGCUGUACCAGGUAUCUUCGCGUUUGGACUUUAUCACCACUUAACAUCAGGUGGGGUAGAGUCAUUUGCCUACCUCGCUAUAAAAAUAACGCAGAAUAAGCUUGGAUUCGUUGAACCAUGUUUUGUCUCUGUUAAUUGAAUGACACAUGGCAUUUGAGUGAUAUGAACAAAACACGGUGUCAAAACUUAAAUCUUAAGUGUACUAGUGUCACUGACGCAUACUGGCGCUACGGAAGAUCAGUGCUAAGGUUGCAGCGUUUACUGAGUAGCGGCCAUUUUUGUUAUAAUAAUUUUGUACGCCUAUGUAUUCUAUAACCACUGUUAUCUACUGUUGUUAUAACCAAUAAACUUGUUUGAUUUGAUUUAAAAACUUAUUCCUUGUUUAUUAAUAAGGGGCUUUGUAACUAAAACACCCGUGGGGAUGCCUUUGGCAAUAAUGGCUUUUCAAACUUCCUCUGGAUGACCGCAUAUCCCCUGAGGAGGGAUCCAGUCUCAAUUACUCCGCGCACCUCGCUUAAAUUUAUUGAAAGAAAUGUAAUAUUAACGUUUUCAAUAAAAGAAAAACAAUGUUCCGUUAUGAGUUAACUUUGCUCAAAGAGUGGCUCACAAUAAAAAAAACCUGUCCCAUUGAAUAUUUCAUAUUUUUAGUACUUACAUCUGAUGUUUUUACACAUUUUUAGUGUAGGAACUAACUACCUACAACUCUACCGAAUGGUUAGAUAAUACCAUUGGUUUCAAUUUUCAAUUGAUCUUUUAAUCCAAUCGACUACUUAAAAAGUGACUUCUAUCUUUUCGUACAUUACCUAAAUAAAUGAACAAAAAAAAAUUUUACCAAUUUCCAUGCCGAUAUUGAAAAUUAAGUUUAAUUAUAUAAAAGAAAUUAUAUAUUGUGAAUACAGAGCACAGUAGUGAUAUGCGUAACUGAGCUUCUAAAAGAUUAAAAAUUGUUUUAUACACCAUUACUAUGAUAGCAUAAAUAUUUAUGGUAUUAUUUUGUUUCCAGCCUCCACUGGGGGGCUAUUCAUUUUGUUGUAGCUAAAUAAAAGAGGUUCAUACAAAUAUUGUUUAUUUUAAUCCUUUUCCUUAUUAGAAGAGUCCAAUGUAGUGAAUAUUAUUCUUCCUUCCACAUCGUUUUAGGGUUCCGUUCCCAAAAGGUAAAAACGGAACCGUAGUACUAAGACUUCACUGUCUGUCUGUCACCAACCUGUAUCUCAUGAGCCAUGAUAGCUACACAGUUAAAAUUUUCACAGAUGAUGUACCUAUUUCUGUUGCUAUAACAAAUACUAAAAACAGAGUAAAUUAAAUUGUUGAGGGAGUAUCUAUACAAAAAACGUGAUUUAUUGCAGUGCUUUGCUCUAAAUUAGUAACAGCAUCAGCUUGACGCUAAACGUUUGAAAUAUUCACACAAUAUUUAGUUGAUUCAAAAAUAAAUAGAUUUAAAUAAAAUAAAUAUUUAAGACUCCCAUUCAACACACGUCAUUUUAUCGCUGUUUUCUGCUCCCCAUUAUAAUUAUAGUGUCUAAUGUUCUAUAGAUAAUGGUACGGAACCCUGCGGUGCACAAAACUAGCACUUGGCCGGUUUUUAGGGUUCCGUAGUCCAGACAAGGAACCCUUAUAGUUUCUUCAUGUUAGUCUGUCCUUCCCCGGUUUUGCUUAGAAACUAUUAACACUAGAAAUCUGUAAUUUUGUGGAGAUAAUUAUGUAUAUCAAUCACGUCAACAAAACAGUAGAAUAAAAUUUUGAAAAAUAUUCUUUUUAGGCAGCUCUCCUGCAUGUAACCUGGGGCUGAUUUCUUUUUUCACCAUCUAACCUAUCGUGUGGGAUACCGUUGAAUACAUCUUUUAAAAUUACUUAGGGGUUCCUAAGACUAUUUUUCGAUUUGGGGAUCUAUUUGCGAAAUAUUAGGGCGAUUAUCGAGUAGAGCGUCCCCCGCCCUCUAAAAGCUAAACUAAGGCUUGAAAAACCUGGAAAAAUUCAUGAUAAUAGUGCUUUUCUUGAACUUUUAAGGAAAGCUAUAACGAUUAAGAUAGAUUUGUUACUUUAAGAGUAAUAAUCGUUCAACUAAGGUUAUAGAAAAUUUCUUACCUAUUGAAAAUUCCUUAGAAGACAACAUUCAGUGACAUAGAUUAGGGUCGACAAUUUUUGAGACCAAAAAAAAUUAUAGUAGGAUGAAACCCAUUAGAAAAGGUAGAGAAUAUAACAAAAAUGAAAGGAAAAAUAAAUUACGGGCGAUCUGAGGUCGGAAAGGGGAGGGGGUGAGUUUUUAAGGGUAAAAAAUGGUUAAUCUCGAUUUUCGGUAAAACUGCAAGUCCUAUGAAAAAAAGUUAAAUGGCAAAGUUGUAGGUAAUAAAAAGAUCUACAACUUCUGUAUCGACACUUUUUUCACAUAACCUCAAAAUUUAUGUGAAAAAUGCGAAUAACCGAGUUUUUGGUUUUUGAUUUUUAAUUUUUGCAAAAAAAAAUAUUUUUUCACGAAGUUUGGUGAAAACUUAUCUUUGUAUGUCCCAAACAUACAGUUAUUCUUUUGAUUUAAAAUAUUCAUUUUUUCACCUUAUUUUGACUUAAUGUCGAAAAAGCACCCUUAUUUUCAAUCGAAAAUUCUCACGUCAAAAUAUCUGCUUUUUUAAAAAAGUUGGGGUGUUUUUUGUUUGUUAAUAGCUCUACUUUCUGAUGGUCUAAAAAAAAUAUACACUACUAUGGUAAAUAUUCUCAGAAACUGCAAAUUAAUAAUGAAAAAAACUCCAAUCCGAAAAAUUGAUUUGAAUCAUUAUGUAUAAUUUUGAACUAUUUAUUAAAAUUUACACUUUAAUUACUCGAAAAACGUAAGAUUUCAUGUUAUAUUGAUAAACAGAAAAAUUACAAAUCCAUAAAACAUGCAAAAAUAGUUGUUGUAAGUAGGUAUUAAAAAUAGGAUUUUCGGAUUCGAGUUUUUUUCAUUAUUAAUUUGCAUUUUCUGAGAACAUUUAUCAUAGUAGUGUAUAUUUUUUUUAUACCAUCAGAAAGUAGAGAUUUCAACAAACAAAAAAUACCCCAACUUUUUUAAAAAAGCAGAUAUUUUGACGUGAGAAUUUUCGAUUGAAAAUAAGGGUGCUUUUUCGACAUUAAGUCAAAAUAAGGUGAAAAAAUGAAUAUUUUAAAUCAAAAUAAUUACUGUAUGUUUGGGACAUACAAAGGUAAGUUUUCACCAAAUUUCGUGAAAAAAUAUUUUUUUUUUGCAAAAAAUCAAAAUCAAAAACUCGGUUAUUCGCAUUUUUCACAUAAAUUUUGAGGUUAUGUGAAAAAAGUGUCGAUACAAAAGUUGUAGAUCUUUUUAUUACCUACAACUUUGCCAUUUAACUUUUUUUCAUAGGACUUGCAGUUUUACCGGAAAUCGAGAUUAACCAUUUUUUACCCUUAAAAACUCACCCCCUCCCCCUUCCCGACCUGAGAUCGCCCGUAAUUUAUUUUUCCUUUCAUUUUUGUUAUAUUCUCUACCUUUUCUAAUGGGUUUCAUCCUACUAUAAUUUUUUUUAACUUUUCACCAUUUUUAAAAUUAUCGACCCUGGUCUGUUAAGUUAUUGUAGCGUAAAACAUUGCAUUGCAACAAAAUCUAAAAAAAACUAUUUAAAAACCACGAUAAAAUAUUAGUUCCACAACGCUGCCGCGAGUACCAACAACAAUGGCUUUCAAAGGGUUGAAUAGGGUAAAUACCCUUGUUCGAUCGUUUUCUAAAACUUGUCAAAUGACAAGUUUUAGAAAACGAUCUCACGGUAUUGACUAAUGUUUAUAGAGUCCGUAAAAAGUGGACAAUCAUCAUACUGUUGUGUAUUUCAGUAAAAAUAACCAAAUCAAAAACUCCAUUUUCAAGUAGCCGCGAAAACGUUACUGUCAACAAUAUUAAAUACCCUAGAUACACCACGUGCGCUCAAAAUGUGUCCCUAUCAAGAAGUGCUUGAACACGAGUCACUUUUUGGUUCACAGCAGUGUUGCCAGGUUUCCAGAUUUUACAGGAGAUCUCCUGUUUUUCUGAAUUUUCUCCUGUUUUACUGUUUUUCUACAUGAAUCUCCUGUUUUUCUUAGAAUCGUAAUCUAAGAAAAACUUCUUUUUUAAAUUGUAUGUUGAGUUGCAUUUUCAGCCAUUAAUAAUGUAGGUAAACUUAUUAAUUUUAAAAUAAAUGUUUUUGUCUAUAAAAAAACUAACUUUAAGGGGCGGUAGAAGUCACAGAAACACAUAAACACAUUCGUUACUGGUCUUUAUCUUGAUCUGAUUUACCAAUUCUAGGGGGGGGGGGGGGCAAAAAAUCGAAAAAAGUACGCCUUUGCAUCUACUGUUUUUCUUGUAGUUCUUUCCAUACAUCUACUGUUUUUUUUCUAUAACACCUCCCGAUUUUUAAAAAUUGGACCUGGCAACACUGGUUCACAGUCACGCGCGGACCGUUGAAAAGUCAACAUGCCGCAGAGCUCCGUGAAAAAAUGCGAAAUGAAUACAUAUAGUAUAUAAAAUGUCGUUUUUUCGACAGAUAUGUCAUCAAUGUUUGUUAAUUUAACACAUUUGAAGCAAAUUUGUUUUAAUACUUACUAUAAACUGGUUUAAUAGAAAAUAUUUGUGAUAUUCAAAUGCAUGGUCGGUAAUAUAGCCGUCUCUUUUCCUCGCGGUCCGUACCUGCUGUAUUGCUAACAGCGCAUUCAGAAUUGUAGAGUCAAAGAACUAAGGUCUAUAUUCUUCCGAAUAUAGCAAUAAGUCGUAAAAUUUUACGAACUUACAUCUCGGACUGUCAUAACUUUUUGACGCAUGCGCUUUGAUUAAGAUCUUAUACGGUGUGCUUAACAUAUAAUGACUUAUAUUGUUUAGACUAUGCGCAAUUAUCUUACCGAGCUCCGUGGAUCGUCCAAUGUACCUUUUGGACAGGUUCCGGGCAUGAUUUUGUUCGUGUUGGUGUAUCUAGGGUAUUUUAAUAUCGUUGGUUUCUGUGGACAAUAUGGCGUCUUACUAGUGUGUGACGUCACACGACUGUUAUUAAAACGUCAAACGAUACAAUGUAAUGUCACUUUAACCGGAAGUUUACUUGCGUGUGACGUCAUUUUAGGCUCCGCCAAUCCCAAGCAUUUUGGGUCACGUGACAAUAGGUAAGAAAACUAUUAUCUUUUUCGUUAGUUUUUAGUAAAAUUAUGAAUAUUUUUUUUGUAAAAAUAGUAAAAACCCCUGCCUAUAUUCAUUCUAAACACCGAUGCUAACAAUUGGCACUUUAUUUUUAACACUGUCAAAUACCCUGAUUGAAUUGAAUGAACCAUUUGCUCCGAUCCGCCUGUCUUUGGAAGUAAUCUCCACCUUGCAGAAAACUACAUUUAAAUAACACAACCUUUUGAUGGUAGUGUCUGUGCCUAAGGUUCCAUGGCUCCGCGGGGUAGUGGAUUAGGGUGAGGCCAAACGAGCGUAAUUUUGUGAGUGGUGAGUCGCAGAAUUUCGGUCGCAGAAAUUCUGCUGCAUUCGGUUUCAUACAAAAAGGCAGUUGGUGCCACACGACAACGCAAAAUGAGUUGUCUGCCGACUCAAUGCGCAUAAGCUCGUCCGAAUUUCGGUCGGGGUGAGAGUAGGGCAAGGAAGGGGAGAGGGGAAGCAACAGUUUGUUACAAGUUGCGUGGUGUAAUAAUUCUUGAAAAACACGUAAUGGCAUAUGAUAGUACUUUUCAAACAUAUCUGAAUUUGCACAUAAACGUUCAUAUAAAGUAUGGAACUGUCCACAUAUCAGCCUCUGACUAUUCAGUGGGUUUACCCAGUUUCUUUUUCUGGCCUCAUCUUCUGAAUAUGCUUCGUAAACACACAAUAUUUUUAAUGCAUCCAUUGCACUCGAUGACACGAACACCCCGUACUAACGCUCAAUAGUAACUGAAUAAAUUACGUUCAUAUGGCAGCUCAACAGAAAUUCAGUUGAACGUAAAAUAAGUGACCGAAAAUAAGCGACUCACAACUCACAAAAUUACGCUCGUUUGGCUUCACCCUUAGACACUAGCUUUGGUAUCUAUUGUCACCACAUGAAUAACUAUCAAAUUAAUAAAUUGAUACCCUCAGAUUAGACUCAUGAUUUAUCUAGACACUAUCAUAAUUUACGAUAUUAAUUAGAAAUGCUCGUGACACAAUACCUAUAUUACGGCUAUUUGCUGUUGCGCAGAGAUUAUCGUCUCUUGAAUAAAUAUAUGUAAUAAAGAGAAAUUAUCAUCAACGUAAAGCAGUAAAAAAGCCAAUUAAAUAAUACUUAACAUUUAUUCUUACAUCACUUCUUACAAACCAUACAAAAUAAAACCAUCAGUCUUACAAUGGCACUGCCAACUUUGGAAACGGAAUAAACACACUUAAAUUUAAAAAAAAAGCAUCAGCUUUAACAUUACAAUCAAUCAACCUCCUCUUCCUUCCACAUCACGACAUCUUUAAAUUAAAUAAUUCUUGCUUCACCUCCAGUUACUUCGCAGUAAGUCUACUUCUUCUCGUCUUUGGAAUCUGCAGAUGGUGACGUCUCAUCCUUGAUCUCCUUCCUUACGGGUCCUGUGCGAGCGAUGGGUACACUGCGUUCGUUCGCUAGCUCAGGAGGUGCCUCACGCGGCGCCGUGAUGGUCAGCACUCCGUCAGAAGAAAGGCGAGACUCCACGCGCUCCACAGCCACGCCCUUCGGCAGCGCGUACCGCCGCGUAAACUGCCGCGAGAUGUAACCGUGCUCGUCCUGCUUCUCUUCGUGCUUACCCUCCACCACGAUGAAGCCGUCCGCCGUCUUCACAGAUAUCUCCUCCGGCGCGAAGUGCUGCACGUCCAAAUUUAUCUGUAACUUGUCCUUGUCCUCUUUGAUGUUGGAGCCCAUGUCGCGAGCAGCCGCCGCGAGCUGUCUCCAGGGCCUGAUGUAGUCUGAAGAACGUGAUGGGGCGACGACGGCCGUGAGCAAGUCGUCAGGUGUAAUCGCCAGUCCGAAAUCUUGAUCUAGCAGACGGUUGGGCCAGUAGUGGUGAUGGCGGUGGUGACGAGGAUGUUCGUAGCCAAAAACAAAUGGUAACAAAGACAUUUUUCUUAUUUUCAACUCUCAAACUCCGUUGAUAUCGUAAAAAGAUUGGUAAAAGUUGAAAAUUCGCUGCGUAUGCUUGUAAACACUCCAACCUGUUUGAAGCUUGUUUUCAAAUUCACUGCCGGCAAGCGCCACAGACGCGUAUUUAUAUCGAAC